AUGUCGGAAAGCAAAACUCUCGCGACUGCCGGCGAGCUUGAAGUCAAUACUACUGAGGAUUGGGCAUUUUUACACAUUGGCAAAAGCAAUGGCGCACCACUUGUAGAGCCAUACAGUUCUUUGCCCAAGGGUAAUAUCCGAUUACUGGCAUUGGCACAAGAACGAGAUGUAUUUGCAUGUGCUGGGUCCAAUGGCCUUAGUACGGGAACUAUUAGUGAAUUGCGAAAAUAUGCUGCUAUAGAGGAUGAGGCAACUUCAUCGUUUGAAUCAAGAAAGUUUGUUGAGGCGUAUAAUGAAGAAGUUCAGAUUUUGGAGUUCACCUCUGAUGAAAAAGAGCUGCUAGUUGCCAAAUCUAAUGGCGGAGUAGACGUUUUCACGUUUUCCAAGAAAGCAACUGGAUUAAAAAAGAAGCCAAAGAUAACUAUUCAGACUGAUAACAUCAUUGAUAUUCGAGCCAGACCAUUGGUAGGCAAUGAAGCCAUUAUCUUAGAAGCAUCUGGAGAUUUGAGUCUCAUUCGAACUGAUGCCGGAGAGAGAUCAUUAAUCUCAUCACAUGUAUCGUCAGCUGCUUGGUCUCCUUUGGGAACUCAGAUUUUGGUGGGCCUGAAUUCAGGUCAUAUUCGCAAGAUAACUAUUGGCACCUCUAUCAAGCAGGCCGAGAUUCCAGUGCCUGCUGAUUCACGUCUCUCGGAUGGAACAUAUAUACCGGUUUCUAUCACUUAUAUCAGGUCUAAAAGCUUCAUUGUUAUGUAUCGUGAAGUUCCUGAACCUUUGGCUGACGGCGAAUCAGAGGAAGAAGACGCAAUGCAAACGUUUAUUGGUUACAUAGUUACACAUGAUCCUGAAUCUCACACAUAUAAUUGGGAUGAACUAGAAGAUCCUUGUCCUCCAUUUGCCGAUAUGUCUCGCGAGGGUUGGUGGUACACGCAGGUGUUGACUGAUUGGACUGAAGAGUAUCCAGAUAUAAUUGCCAUGGCAAAUGGUCCAUCGUCAGAUGUGGCACUAUUAACAAGCAAGGAGGUCUUCAACAUGCUUGAGGAUCGUGACCGUGCCUCGCUACCUUUCACAGAGGAUGAUACUACACCAAUUGGAUUUGUUUUAGAUUAUUCCUCAAAAAAUAAAGUCCUCGAUCCUUGUAACGGUGUAGAGGAAUGUAGUGCACUGCCCAUUGUAUGGGCUCUUAGCAAUGAAGGUGCUCUUACUGGUUGGCAUAUUGUUUGGUCAGGAAUUAAAUCUGGAAAGAAAUUAGCUUUAAAGGCUCUCCAACAGAAGCAUAAUACUCGAGUAGCAAAUUCGAAUAAGGGUAGAUCGAGUGGGUCUUUGCCCGUCUUCCAUAAGAAAGAGAAGAAAGAAAAGAAGGAAAAGCAUAAGGAAUCAAUAGAACAGACAAAUGAAGCUGCUGUGAGGAUUCCUGAUACGAUGAGCAUUGGAAAAACACAGGAGGAAACACAAACUGCCGAGGUUCCUGGCGAAUCAAAGUCGAGUAUCUCUUUAUCUGAUGAAAUUAAAACGACCAACGAUACUGCAAAGUCAUUUGUAUUACCUAAAGAGGCCGAAAAGGAAACUACGGGCAUAUCUAAGUCUGUCAAGUCUGAGCCCAGUCAUCUUGCGACAAGUUCAGGUGAAAAGGAACCUAUCAUCUCUGAUGUCUCUCAAGGAGUGAAAACCGAUUCAGAAAGAGUUGACGGUGUCGUUGCCGAUACCAAAGAAUCGGCAACAACAGUUGAUGAUUUGACAGACAAAUCAGCAGAGGUUGACCUAGAGUCCAGUAGUUCUGCGAAGGAUGAGGUGGUCAUUACCACUCCUUCAAUCGAAUCGAGCCCGGCAGAUGAACUAAUUACAGAAAACGAAAGUCAGGCAGUCGAUAAGAAAGACGAUUCAAGUGACUUACAGGGAAAUGUAGGAGAGGUAGAAGGAACUGCAGAUGAGUCUCAGCAAAACGAAAAACACACAGAUGAACAAACUAAAGAAGAGAAACUUGAGGUGAUUACGCCCCAUCAACAGAACUCUCCUACAAAACACAAUGAGGUGUUGGAUAAGUCGACAGCUUCUCCAAACUUUUUUCCCUUUGGAUCACCAUCGCAUUCGAUAACAGGCUCCUUGGGAAUUGGUUCAAGAGGUACGUUUCCCACAUUUGGAAACUUGAAGGCUGGUUUUGGAUUUGGACAAAGUGACGAACCUUCUAGUAGUAUUGCUCCUACUGCGGAUGAGGAAGUAGAAAAUGACGGGACCAACUCUACAGGCGUGCAGACUCUACCUCCUACGCCUCUUGACUCGGAAUUCCCUACUCAGUCGGAUUCUGAACAACACGCUGAUAUCCCACAAUCGUCUAAUUCAUCUGAGAAGGCUACUAAUGAAGUUGACAAGCUAGAAACUGUGACUGAAAACCCAACUAUUGAAGGUGAUCACGAGAGCAAAGAUAAGCCAAGUGAGUCUGCUAAAGAUGCCAUUAAGGAGAACAGCAAUGUUUCCAAUGAGAUAACAGCAGAAUCUGAAGAGAAAUUUGAAAGUGUAUCAGAUGCUUCGAAAGAAGAGUCGGUGGUUGAUCUGGGAGAACAGAAUAAGGUUACUGAACUACCCAUCGAACAGUCAUCUGAAAAUGUGAAAGAAAAGUUAGUUUCCAAUCUGGAGGAGAAAUCUACCGAUGCUACUGAAGAAAGUGUGCCAAAUGUUGAUGCAGAUAAGACUGCUAAUUCAUCGGUACCCAAAUCGACCGAAGAGCCAGUUGGAACGAGCAACGAGGAAAAGGGAGGAGACUCUUUGGAUGAUAAUCAUGAUUCGGAAGGGUCGACCCCCAUUCCUGAAACUCCUGCAGUGGCACAACUUGCUGAGACUGAGCUAACUGAUAAAGCCUCUCACUUGUCCAUUCAAGAAUCAACUGACAAACCAGCUGGCGAGCCAACUGAGUUGCCAGUUAGUGAGUCGACUGAAGAACCUAGUGAGGAGUCAGCAGAAUUAGCAAAUGAGGAUUCAGCUGACAAGUCGGUUGAAGAACCUAACGGUGACUUAUCUGAAUUGGUAGAUGAGAAGCCAGUUGACAAGUCGACUGAAGUACCAAGUCAAGACGCCAAUGAAGAGCACCUCGACACCUCUGAUAAGCCAAAUGAAGUAACUUUGAACGAUAAGAAAGAAAAGCUAUCACAAACUGAAGAACUCCCUACCAAAUCGGUGGGUGACCGUUCUGUUGACGACGCGACUAAAGAACCUCAAACACACCCAACUGAGUUAUCGAAAUCUAUUACAAAUACAGCCUCAAAAGUGGAUAACCCUUUCUCUCAAUCGAGCCCAUUUGCAACACUUUCCCAAAAGUCCUCAUUUGGAAGUUUUAAUACUACUGCUGAAAAACCUAGUGUCACAGAAGAACGACCAAGCCUAUUUGGCUCAAAUUCUAAAGCUAGUCCAGCUCCAAGUUUCACUUCCGCGUUUGGCAGUUCGAAUUCUACAUUUGGAAGCAGCGCUACAUUUGGUUCAUCGUCCAAUUCUACUUUUGGUGCAUCUCCUAGUUCUGUUUUCGGGUCUAAUGCCAAUAAUAGCGGAUUCAACAGCAAGGCUGUAUUUGGUGGGUUUGGUUCUGCGGCUAAGAGUGGGUUUUCUACCCUUGGACAAAAACAAACAUCGAUAUUUGAUCAACCAGAAUCUGAUUCUGUCGCUACAACUGAAGAAACCUCGCUAUUUAACGCCCCAGCUGGACAGUCUAGCGGCUUUUCUGGCAUAAACAACCAGGGGUUUAGUUUGAGCAGUAACUUCAAGGCAGAUCCAAGUGUGGCUGAUUCAACGCCAUCUACAAAUGCGACGUUGCCCUCUUUCAAUUUGGAGAGCAGCUUUGGUCAGACUCUGCCGAGUUCAUCGUCGAUAUUUGGCGGAUCCACAAGUGGCACAGGAGCUUUCCCGGGUGUUGCUUCGAGCCCGUUUGGUGGGUUAUCUCAGUCCAGUGGAUUUGCUAGUACUAUAGAUACUGCAAAGUCCAAGAUGGGUUCAGGAAGUGCUUUUGACACACUGAAGAAGCCUGCAGAUAAUGAUGUACAGGCAGACCAUAGUUCAAGCGACUACGUUAUUCCAGAUGAUGGCCGGGAAGGCACAGAGAGUCCAGUUCUUGUUUCCUCAGAUGACAUACCUGAUAAUAAUGGCGAUGAGUCGAAGGUUUCAGGGUCGGAUAAUGAGGAAUUUAGUGACGAGUCUAGUUUUGAGGAAUUUGAUGAUUUUGAAAACGAAGAUCUCGAUGAAGAUGAAGAAGAGGAGGAGGCCUCGCAAGUUUUGGAAUCUGAUGAGAGCGAUGAGGAGGAUGUGUCUGAGCAGGAAUCUGAAGAAGCUGAACCAUCAGUUCCAGAAUACGAGCCACUAAUAGAUGGUCUCGAGGACCUUGAUUUGAGCACUAUUGUUCAAACUGCUCCUUCACUACGAGAUUAUGUUCCCUUCGAAGUCAAUACUGAUUUACCCGAAGAUGUAAGUACAGAACUUUACCACUUUUUGUGCGGUGAUAAGACUAACCAUUGGAUAGGUUUCUGA